AAGAAGGAGUUAUGGCCAGUGGCUGCCUGGAAAGCUUAAGUAUACCCUGGCCCUGGCCCUGGCCAGCCCUGGGAGUUCAGAGACAUUUGGUCUGGCCGAGAUGAGCCCAGCGUGGGAGAUGAGGUAUCAGUGCCCUCAGCCAACAGGUGCAUGAUGGGCUUCUGCUCAAGGUCAUAUGUCACACAAGAAUUGGGGGACACAGACCCUGACUUCAUGGAGGGUAAAUGCUAGUGAGGAGGGAGAAGGAAUAAAUAUAUGACUGCACAAAACAGUUUCUAGUUAGAAACUAGCAUAAGGGCUCUCAAAGGAAAAGUGGGAAGAGAAGUUAUAAAUGGAAGGGGAACUGAUUUAGAUUUUAGGGGUCAGGGAGGGUCUUUUUGAGGAACUGACAUUUUUGAGGAACUGAAGUUUCAAGCAGAAGUAAGAGUAAGCAAAGCUCGGAGUGGGGAGAAGAGCAUUCCAGGUUGAGGGAACAGCCUGCAUGAUGGUUCAGUGUGGAGCAUCAGAGGGAUAGAAGAGUGGCUGGAGUGUGGCGAGGAAGCUGUGGGGAAGGAGACAUGCCGAUUCCUGGAGGGCCAUGAACUACAGGUACACGCAGUCACCCGCAGGGCCAAGGUGGCUCCCGCUGAGAGGAUGAGCAAGUUCUUAAAGCACUUCACGGUCGUAGGGGACGACUACCAUGCCUGGAACAUCAACUACAAGAAAUGGGAGAAUGAAGAGGACGAGGAGGAGGAGGAGCAGCCGCCACCUACACCAGCCUCAGGCGAGGAAGGCAGAGCUGCAGGCCCUGACGCUGCCCCCGCCCCUGGCCCCGCGCCCAGAGCCCCCCUUGACUUCAGGGGCACGUUGAGGAAACUGUUCAUCUCCCACAGGUUUCAGGUCAUCGUCAUCUGCUUGGUGGUUCUGGACGCCCUCCUGGUGCUUGCUGAGCUCAUCCUGGACCUGAAGAUCAUCCAGCCCGACAAGAAUAACUAUGCCGCCAUGAUAUUCCACUACAUGAGCAUCACCAUCUUGGUCUUUUUUAUGAUGGAGAUUACGUUUAAAUUAUUUGUCUUCCGCCUGGAGUUCUUUCACCACAAGUUUGAGAUCCUGGAUGCCGUCGUGGUGGUGGUCUCAUUCGUCCUCGACGUUGUCCUCCUGUUCCAGGAGCACGAGUUUGAGGCUCUGGGCCUGCUGAUUCUGCUUCGGCUGUGGCGGGUGGCCCGGAUCAUCAACGGGAUUAUCAUCUCAGUUAAGACACGUUCAGAACGGCAACUCUUAAGGUUAAAACAGAUGAAUGUACAAUUGGCCGCCAAGAUUCAACACCUUGAGUUCAGCUGCUCUGAGAAGGAACAAGAAAUUGAAAGACUUAACAAGCUAUUGCGACAGCAUGGACUUCUUGGUGAAGUGAACUAGACCCAGACCAGCUCCCCGCAGAGAAGACACUGCCUCAUGGGCCUGUGCUGUCACGUGAGGAACAGCUGCCCCUCCUGGGCCACCUGGUGAGAGGUUUGGUUUGAUGCCUCUGCCUCCCUCCUGCCAGCAUGGAUUCUGGGUGGACACAGCCUUGUGGAAGGUCCAGUACCACCAAGAGCUGCCCAUCCAUUCCCACCCCACACUGUGUCAAAGGUAUCACAUUUUCUCAUGUUGAACACUUUAGCCUUGCUUGAAAAUGAGCAACAAAGCUGGACAAUUUCUAGUUGUAUAUAAAAUUUAGUCGCAUCGAAUGUACAGUUUUCAAAUUUCACAUGUAUAUUAAGGAAUUGAUGCAUCCUUUCAUAUGAGCAUUCUGAAAGAAAGAAAAAGAAGCUACUUUAGCUGCCACCCCAUUCUAGAAAAGUCUCUUAUUUUCAAGCUGUUCUAAAUAGCUUCCCUUGUCUCAGUUUCCCCAAAAGGGGUACCCAGGCCCCUCCUCUGUGUGCCCCAGCUGCAUCAGCCAGCUUCUAGGUGGCUCCAUUGCGUUCUGCCACCUGAUAUUUUUCCUCAAUUACUGUACAAUUACUGUAUAAAAUAAACUCUCUCUUUCCCCUGGA